AUGGUUGGAAUGACAUUCGGGGACUUGAUCCAAAAUCAAUCAAGGCAGACAAAGUCAUGCUCGCAGCUUGUCACGCCUCUCAGAGUGCAUAGUCGAGACUACCGCUGCAGCAGAUAUGGAUCUGAAGCUAUAGGGUCUCUGACGAAUCCCUUGAUACAGGACAUGAACGAGGCUUCUAGAAAGUAUUUGUUUUACUACCUCGUCCUAUAUGACAUCCCAAAUCAAAAUCCUUUCCGCGAGCUUAUUCCCAUGAUACACCAGCAUCCAGUCCUGCUUCAUAUCAUUGUUGCCAACUCGGCUCUUCACAUGUCGAAUUCAUCCCAAGGAUUAUUAUCGGCGAAUCAGAACCCCUUAUCGGCAUCACAUACAGAAGUGAUGGACUCAGCAUGCUGGCAGUCAUCCCAAUCAGAUCAGGCAGGAUCUUAUUAUUAUGCUCUGGCAGCCAAGCAGAGAGCACUCUGCCUCUUGAGACCCGCUCUCGACAAUCCGUUGUCCAUGAAUAACGAUGUCAUCCUGGCGGUAGUGCUCCUGUUCAUUGAGUUCGAGCUUCUUGAUUCUGGGCGAGACGACUGGAAACACCACAUCAGUGGCGCAAAAGCAAUCAUCGAGAAACUCUGUCUCCCAAGCACGUUUACUCCAACCGUCAUGACCCCGCUGCGGCGGUCACUUGUAUCAAAUUUUGUCGUGUUUGAUAUCCUCGGCUCGACAUUCACGUGCCCGGCCACUCAUCUUCCCAGUAGUACUUCCUCAAGGGCACUGUCGUUAUUGCAGGAUGCUCAAGGCAACCACUGCUCUUCAUUCCCCACAGAACUCCUUGAGCUUCUCCAGUCGGCCGGUCAAAUAGCCCAAGCCAGCAACGUAUCCUCGCGCCACUGUUCCCUCUCUGGUUCCUUACAGCAGCUUCUCCUCCUUAUCAGCGUAGCACAGUCCUUUGAUCCACUUGCUUGGGCGUCCAGACUUGAACCCAUUUCCCCCGCGCCAGACCUCGAGCACCGCACACGUGUCGCCUUUGCGCAUCGUGGAGCCGUGCUGAUAUACCUUACUCGUGUUAUUUACUCUCUAGAUCCCGCCGCCGACCUGCCCCUCAACCUCGACUGCUUGGUUGAAGAAAUCAUAGGGCAUAUUUCAUUCAUCAGCACGAGUAAUGUGUUAUUUACAGCGACCACUUGGCCUGCUUUUAUUGCAGGAGCAGAGAGCAGUGACUGCACCAGUCAGCAAUGGGUAACGCAACAUUUCCACGAGCUGUGGAAAGUUGAGCCUUGGGGCCAGAUCAGAGGUGCAUUGGGGGUAUUGGAGAGGAUCUGGGAGAAGAGGAGAAUGCAAAGAAAGAUGCCAAUGAACAUGGAUCAAAAUAUACAUGGUGGUACUGGGAAAGAAGACAAUUGGGUUGCGGACUUGCAAGCGGGCGGUGUUGAUUGGUUGAUUGUAUGA